UGCCGUUUGAGAGGGCCGCUCUGAUUGGACACACUGAGUGGCUGUACCGGUCGCACCAUGAGGUAACCCGUGACCCCGGCGCGCAGUGUGCUGCUGUUUAGGUAAAAACAAGUAUUAUUUUGACUUGGAACAGGAAGUCACAUGUCAUCGACUUACCUUUGUAUGCAUAAUAUAUCUAAGAAAAAGAAGUACAUUAAUAAACCUCAUCGAAAUAAACUGAAAGACUUUCGGUUCCCAACUUGAAAUAAAGAAAUGUCCGCUCAGACUCCUAUUACAUUCCAUGAUGUUGCAGCCUCUUUUACAGAGGAACAGUGGAUGCGCCUUGAAAGGAGGAAAAGGGACCUUUACCAAAAUGUGAUGAAGGAAAUUCAUAAUGUUUUAUUGACACUAGGUUACGUGAUUGCUAAUCCAGAUAUAUUGUUUAAUAUCAAAAAAUCCAACCACUCAUGUGUUCGAAUUGACUACUGCAAUGAAGAAAGAAAGAACGUUAUAACUGACCAUCCUGAUAUUUUAAUAACUAUAGAAGAUGAUGAUGAUGAUGACGUAUCGCUGCAGGGAAAUCCUCAGAAUGAAAAGAAAAGUGGCUUGAUAAUGAAGAAAUUUGAUACAACUGCCAUACGUCUACCUGAUAUUUUAAUAAGGAUAGAAGAGGAACAUGGUGAAGAGAAGCACGAUUUGACAUUUGUGAAGCAUUUUGAAGCACCACACACGUCAUAUCCUGCCAUCAGUUCUGUUCUUUCCUUGAAUAUAAAAGAAGAAAAUGAUCUGCGCAAUGAAAUUAAUUUGAGUCCGAAAACCAAACCAGAUGCUCACAGUUUUUCAGAAGGUUCCCAUUCAUUAUUUAUUAAUACAGCGGAUGAAAUAUAUUCAGAAGAUCCUGUCAACUCUGAAGCCUUGGAAAAUUCUGAAGGUGUUUUGUUGGUAGAUUCUACAAUUGUGAAGCAAGAAGUUCUAACAGAUGAAGAUCACUUUGAAGAAAAUGAAUUAAUAAUGUAUAAUACAAACACUGUCAACAAUGUACCGAACCCUUUGCAAGAUUUUCCAGGAAAACCAUUGAAUUCCCUGAACAGUAAAAAAUCGUAUCUAUGCUCCGACUGUGGCAAAAGCUUUCUCUGCAAAUCAAGUGUCGGCAGACAUAAGAAAAUCCAUCAACGGGAAUCAUACAAGUGUUUAGACUGUGAUCAAAGCUUUCCUGGAAUGUCAUAUCUGCUGGUACACAAAAGAACUCACAUGUAUGAAAGACCAUACACAUGUGAUCAUUGCCAAAAAAGUUACAGAUAUCGAUCCAGCCUGUAUAAACACAAAAAGACUCACACAGGAGAAAGGCCAUAUGUGUGUAAUGAAUGUGGAAUGAGUUUUAGCCAUAACUUUCAUCUUCUGAGGCACCAGCAAGCCCACACUGGAGUGAGACCUUUUCAAUGUAAUCUGUGCAGUAAAAGGUUCUACCGUAAAGCUACUCUUAAGAAGCACCAAGAGGUCCACACUAAACAGAAGACACAAAACAACAAUCAAGUCAGAGUAUUUAAUUUUACAUAAUGGGAAUUUAAAAGUAGACUAUUUGUUUCUUAAACGUCAUUCGCUGUAUCUCAAUUAUAAUGAAUUAUCCCUAUCAUAAACCACUGAUCAAUUCCAGCUUCAUUUUUUUGUAUGUUCCCAUUCUGUGCAUGUAGGUAAAUAAAAUGUGACUGGAUGCUGUU